GUCUAGACCUGCUCUUUUAUGAAAAGCGCUGUGAGAUAACUGUUGUUGUGAUUUGGCGCUAUAUAAAUAAAAUUGAAUUGAACAGUAGGACUUCAUGAAGACUGAAUUAGUGUACAGAGGUCCAUUCAAACCAGCACUGGAUGUUUCUAGAAGAAGAAUUUACAUUAAGGUUUAUUUCAGAGACAGAUUGAAUGGAGGGAGGAUUGUAGUGAAAGCACUGUGGUGUCAGGUGUGACUAUGCAGCAAUGGCAAAUUGUUUACAUGGAUCAGAAGUCAGGGCCCCAGGGAGGUCAGAACCAGCUCUGAACACCAAAGUCACAAUAAAAAAUAAAAACAGAAACUUCCGUGUUCUAAGAGGUAAAUUACUUAUUGUCAAAGGAGUAUGGUGGCUUUGAAGAGAGCGAUAUAAUGUCCGUUGGUCGUUGGUCCUACUGCACCAGUUCCAAAAGUAGGCCACGUAUUAGUUAUUUACACAGCUAAAUAUGUAAUGUUAGGGCCUAGAGGUUUCUAAACAUAUUUUUUACAUUUUGAGUCCCAUGCACUCCAUCUAGCUAACAUUUCAAAAGCAAUCCUUUGAUUUUCUUUGCAGUAACAUUAGCCUAUUUAUUUUAGCAUUUCAUAGUAUUGUCCUGCGCCACGCAGUAACAGUUAUGAUUUAGGUAGUCAAAUUUAAAUAAUUUAAUUUAAGGUAAUUAUUGUGAGGCUUGUUAGGUUUUAUUUAAAAUAACUUUCAAAUUAAUAAAUUGCAUUAGUGCAGAUCACUGCUUUAUUAAUCAUGCUGUAUAUUUAUUAACAUUGCAGUAAAUUAUGAAGUUACACAAUUUAAUACUGUACCAUGGUAAGACACAAAUGUUAAUGUUAGCAACCGCAAAAAAUAACUACAGUUCAGAAUAAAUUCAUUGUUUACACAUUUACCUGUUCGUAAACAGAGAAGAUAAGUGAAUCUACAGUAGGCUACAUGUUUAUUGUAUAUAAAUGUAUACUGUAAAUAAUAUAAAUGUAGAACAUAUUUUUACACUUUUUAAUGUAAUUUGGAUUUUCUUUAAUGUUUCUAAGGUUUCUGGCACAAUUAAGAAAUCCAGUGGCUCAGUCUUUUACCAAAGAGGUCAUUCUCCUGCCAGACCAUACAUAUACAAAUGUGCCAAGGCGUGCCAGCAAAGCUUGGCUUUUUGAAAAUGGACAUAUAAAAUCCGCAUUGGAAUUUGGCUGUGACUGGGAUUCUGUCAAAGUAAUGCAGGCAAUAACAGCGGCCUUCCAGCCUGUUGUACAGGGAUGCAGGUAACAAAUCUUGAUGCCAUGCCACAACAGACUAGUUGAGCCACCCCUUAGCUCCAAUCAGACUUUAAGUGGAGGCCUUUUAAAAAAAUUGUUUCAUCAGAAGUCCAUAUAUGUCAGGCCUGACAAGGUCAUUUUAAGUGAGGAGAAAGAAUCUUCAUGUUCUGAUGGAGACAGUCACCAUGCAGGGAGCCUUGAUUUUGCCCAGUCAUCGGACAGUGACAACUGUGUCAUUGGUAGCGUAGGUGACAUUUCCAAAGAAGUUGUCUCAGCUAUCGCCACUGUUGAGGCCCAGUCCCUCUUCAAUGAUAACCCUUCCAUCUCUUGUGGUGAUCAAGUUAUCUGGUGUGUUGCCACCCAAGAUAUUUGCACCGAUGAACCUUCCAUCUCAGCUGACACCGCCACCAUGUCCACUAGUACUCCUGUCAUCACUAUUGAUGAGACUCUCACCCUGUCCAGUGGCUCCUCUUCCAUUUCCAGUGGCAACACCCAUGGCUUACCGAUUGGUCCCACUGCCAAUGCUAGUGGUGACAUGCAUCGGUCCUCUGCUCAUAACACCUCUGGUGUGUCCCACAGUCCCACCCAACCCAGCACAUCUGGCAAUAUUUCAUCCAGCACAUCCUACAGUACAUACCUUGACCUGUUUGAGGAAGAAUACCUCUCUGAUGACCCUGAUCUACAGGAAGCCAUUUCACGGUCUUUAGAUUCCAGUGCAAGUGAGAGUGAUUUAAAGAUGACUUUAGAGAGAAUAAUGGAGCGGAUUGCUUCUCGAGUAAAUAAUGACAGCACUGUACGCUUCAAUAUCAUAAGAAGAAAUGUGUGGGAUGGAGCAUCCAGAGCCAUGGGCAGAUCCAAUUUUUCACCCGAGAAGAAGGCAGAUGUUAAGUUCACUGACUAUGGAAUAUCUGAGGGUGCUGUGGACAAUGGAGGACCUACUCGGGAGUUUUUUCGACUCUGUCUACAUGAAAUCAAGGACAACAUUGGCAUCUUUGAGGGUCCCCCUAAUGCUAAAGUCCUCACAUGCAACUCCAAAGCGAUGAAAGACAAUGGAUACUUCUACGCUGGCCAGAUCAUGGCAAUGUCAGAGAGAAGUAUCCAAUACAUUCCAUCAAACUCAUUUUUGACAUACCCUACCAGAAAUCCAGAGGUCUUCACACUAGUGACUUGA